UGGGGGCGCCGCCUCCCCUCAGCCGCCCGAAUCCAAGAUGGCGCUCGCCAGCGUCCUGCGCUCGGAGCUGCCGGAGUUCGACAAAUGUUUGUCGGGAUUCCCCAGAAGUUUUCCCGAAGGUUCCGAGGCGGUUCCCGAGUCGCUGCGGGAUCCCCCGGGGCCGCCGCGGGUUCUGGCGGCUCCGCCCCGCGGCGUCCCGGCCCUGCCGGACGGGCCCGGCUUCGAGAUGCUGCACGGCACCACCACCCUGGCCUUUAAGUCGGCGGCGGGCGUGACGGUGGCCGUGGACUCGCGGGCCACGGCCGGGGGGCCGUUUGGCGUUGCAGGGCUGUACUACGUGGACAGCGAGGGCCAGCGCGUGGCCGGCUCGGCGUUCGCCGUGGGCUCGGGCUCGUCGUACGCCUACGGCGUGCUGGACCGGGGGCUGAGCGGGCCGGUGGCCAGCGAGGAGGCGGCGUGCGCGCUGGGGGGGAGGGCGGGGAAAGCCCCAAACUUGGUGACGUCAUCCAGCUCAGGCCCCGCCCCCCGCGGCCGCCGCGGCCUCCAGGGGGCGCUGAGGCGCUGCAGCAUCGACUCCUCGUAUUGGACCCUGAAAAACGACCCAAAAUCGCCCGAAUUUCACCCAAAAUCCGCCCGAAAAGCGACCCCAGCCACCCCUGAGGGAGCCCCGGACACAGAACUGGCCAAAAAGUGGCCGAAAUUUGGACAAAAAUCGGCCAAAAAUGGAGAAAAAAUGACCAAAAAGUGA